ACUUCCGACUCAACGGCUUCGGGAGUGACAGCAGAGGGUUUCUUAAACAUACAUUACUCGCUUUCUGUUUCUCAUCUGCUUUUCUCUUCAUCGCAUACUAGGACUACUCGGUCGUGUUUCACAAAACUACUCUGUAUUUUGGAUUUACAGGCGCAGAAUUGCGGUGGACGCAUGAUGAGCUCAUCCUUCUCGAUUCGUAGUCUCAGGUCCGAUGUCACAGAACCCCUGCACCAAGUCAAACUGCUGUCUGCGCUUCGGAGUGGCGAUCCCGCUCUCAUACAUCCCUUUCUCACUGAAAUUGGUAAGGAUAGACGAAAGUCUGUCGAUGGUGACCUCAAUACUGGCGCUGCUGCCCUCCACCUCGCUAUUCGUUGUGCUUCCGUCGAUACUGUACAGCUACUCCUAUCGCACAGAGCCAUAUCACCCAAUGGCGUGCACCCACCAGGAUCAGGGACAACACCACUGCAUCUUGCCGCGUCCCUAGGUCGUGUAGACAUCGUAGGCGUGUUGCUUGACCAGCCUGGCAUUGAUGACACCCUCCGUGACAACAACGGAAAGACAUGCAAGGAUGUGGCAAAGGGAAAGGAAGUCGUCCAAACUUUACAAGAUUCGCGUUCAUUUUUGAACGCUUCAUACAGGUCCCUUCUGCGCUCGUACAUUUUAUCCCCCAUAGAUGCAUCCCCGAACGUGGCAUUGGUGGCUCUACUCGAGUCACCACGGGCACGAGGGGUGGAUUUGUCCUACUUGGAUGAUGCAUCUGGAACUUCUCUACUACACGAGGCAGCGAGGCGCAAAAAUCUGCGCCUCAUCGAACUAGCCGUGCGAGCGGGCGCGAGCGUUUUCGUGCGAGAUCGCAGAGGAAAAAUGGCGUACGAGGGCACAGGAAAAGAUGAUCACGUACGAGUAUUUUUGCGACAAUUCGCAAACCAUGAUACCUCUCUCAUCGAGGUCCCGUCUUCGGAGCCCCCAAUCUUAAAGGGUUAUCUCAACAAAUAUACCAAUGUUGCCAAGGGCUAUAAUACCAGGUGGUUUGUUCUAAAAGAUGGCGUAUUCUCAUAUUACCGGCAUCAAGAAGACGAAGACGUCGCCAGCCGUGGUGCCAUCGCCAUGAAAACUGCGAUCGUAAAGCUCAGUCCAGGCGGUGACAAGACACGGUUUGAGGUCCACUCGACUCCAUCUCGAGGACACACCACUGUGCAAAAAUGGUACAUGCGUGCUAACCAUCACGUUGAAGCCGCCGGGUGGACGCAGGCGCUUACAAAGAGCAUCCAGUGGGCCCGGCGCGAGGAGCAAACGUUGCGGAAGAGCGGGGAGAGCGAGGUGAAUGCGUUGAAGCCAAAGAGUUUGCGCACGAGCUUCCAGUCGGUGGUGUCGAUGCGGCGAAUGGAUGUGGGUGCCCGCGGCGGGGGGUCGCAAAGCUCCUUUCUGGGUGUUGCAGAUGAGAGUAUGGAGGACGGGCCACCUCCUGAGCCGAGCAAGCCAGAUAAAAGCCAUCCUGCCUCGGAUGAUGAAGAAAUCCACCAUGAUAAUUCUUCAGCUUCGGUCCUGACGCAACAACAUCCUCCUCACAAUACGACUUUUGACCUGCACGGGAAUUCGACCGCAGCACAGAUGGAACUCACUGGCCAGCUUUUGUCCAGCCUCGCACUGCCGCCAGACGCAGCACCCAGGACACAAGAACUCCGUACGGCGCUCAAGGAAUCGUUCGCGAUCGUACAAACUAUGAUAGAUGAGUAUAUCCAAAUGGCCAAGGACCGCGAGGAGUGGUGGAAAGCCCAGCUGCAGCGUGAGCGCGAGCGGCAGACCGUGUGGGAAGAGAGCUUGCAGACGGUCGUGCGUGAGGGCGAGGUGCUGGAACAAGAGUUACGCACACGAUCUCGGAAACGGGGUAGUAGAUUCUUCGACGUCGGUGCGACUGACGGAGGUAGUGGCAUGCUCCGACAACGUCCUGCGACCAUGGCGUUUGUAUCGGACACCGUUCCUGAAGAAGAGUCCUAUUUCUCACCAUUGGUGCGCCCUGGACCUAUCACUGUCAUCUCCCCGCCUGAGGAAGUCGAUGGCCCAUCUGUGUCCCCUGCGCAAACACCACCCGCAAGUGAGGGGGCUACGCCGACUGCACAGCGCACGUCCCGGCACUUCCCGGAGGAUGAAGACGUCUACGACACGGACGAGGAGGACGAGUUCUUUGAUGCCAUCGAGGCGAAUACACUCCCUAAUCUCGUUGUCAGCGAACUGCUGUCGAGCCCGAUGCACGCGCAACCUGCGCUGUCCUUCAUGGACGUUGAACAUUUCGCUGGGUAUCAAGAUUUGAGGACGCGCUUACCCAUCGGGUCAGAUAACAGGCCGAGCACGAGUCUGUGGUCGGUGCUGAAGCAUAGUAUCGGAAAGGAUUUGACGAGGAUUAGUUUCCCUGUCAUGUUUAAUGAGCCCACGAGUAUGUUGCAACGGAUGGCGGAGGACAUGGAGUUCUCGGAGUGUCUCGAUGUUGCUGCUCGCGAGCGAGACCCCCACCGGCGGAUAGCAUUUGUGGCCGCAUUUGCCAUGUCAAAUUAUUCAUCGACCAUUGGCCGUAUAGCUAAACCGUUUAAUCCUAUGCUCAGCGAAACAUUUGAAUACGUUAGACUUGACAAGGAGUAUCGCUACGUAUCUGAACAAGUCAGCCACCAUCCCCCUAUCUCCGCUUGUUGGGCAGAGUCGCCAUAUUGGCAUUAUUACGGAGAGGUCGACGCGCAAAAUAAAUUCAUGGGCAAAUCAUUCGAGAUUCGUCCUACUGGCGUUGCGCACGCCGAACUCCUCCUGCCUGAAGAGUGGGCACCCGACUACCCCAAAUGUACUACUGCUGGCAUCCAGGGCAAGGUUGUCGAGCACUUCUCGUGGAAGAAAGUUACUACCAACGUCUCCGGGUUUAUCUUGGGCUCUCCCACUAUCGAUCACUACGGUGAUAUGAUCGUCACGAACCACCGCACUGGCGACCAGUGUGUGUUGACAUUCAAACCAAGGGGAUGGCGAGGUAAAGACGCAUACGAAAUCUCUGGUUUCGUGCGAGACGCAGACGGAGAAGUGACCCACGAGGUGGCUGGACGAUGGAACAGCCAACUCAUAUGUCGCGCCGUCGGCACAGGCAGUGGAUUCCUACACCCCGACGCCACCGUAAGCGGCCCCUCCUCGCCAAACUACACCGCAGAGUAUAUCCUCCUCUGGCGUAACUCUGAAAAGCCCACUACACCUUUUAACCUCACGCCUUUCGCAAUCACGCUGAACGACUGCCCCGACACGACGUUGAGGUCGUACUUGUGCCCGACGGACUGUCGGCUGCGACCUGAUCAGCGAGCGUUUGAGAUGGGGAAGUAUGAGUUUGCGAAUGGAUUAAAGAUGAAGCAAGAGGAGCGGCAGCGGGCGACGCGGCGUGCGAGGGAGGAGGGGCGGGUGCCGCAGCAUCGGCCCAGGUGGUUUAGAGCGGAGACGGAUGGGGAUACUGGGGAGAGGGUCUGGACGCCAUCGAGGGCUGGGGAUAGAUUGGAAUAUUGGGUAGAGAGGGAGAAGGUGUGGGAGAUGGGGGGUGGGCAGCCCUGGAAGGAUGUGGAUCCUAUUUUUAUAGAGGACGCUGUUUAACACUGUAAAUGAUUCAUGGAUGGACAUCGCGGAUGAAUGCUCGCGAAUACAUGGAUGAAAAACAUUCUAUUUAGUAGUUACACUGGCAAGGAAUUGACCGUAGCUUAUGUGCAUUCCAGUUAUGUCAUGCCAUCAGCCG